AACCCGGGUCUCUCGGGUGAGAGCCGAGUAUCCUGACCAGCUAGACUACAACGGAUUUGUGAUUGUUUUGAUUCACUAUACUAUUUAUCCUACAGAAACUUCCAUAGCUACACUUUUGCUCUUCUUCUCUUCUUCAAGUCCAAAUUCGAAUUCCCCUUAUCUCCCUUGCGCUAGAGAUUACCAUGGAGCUCAAACCUUCCAACAAUUACAUUCUUGAGCAGCUGAGAAAUGGGUUCGCUCGGUUCGAGCUUGUUGCUUCCCCUACUGCUUCUGUUUCAGAUACAAUCUACUCCACUUCCCUCCCUGCUUCGUUCUUGAGCGCCACGAAGGGAAAUAGCUAUGUAUUCUUCGCCAGAAUCGGUUCCUCCAUGAAUCGGUCUCCUGCAGCGAAAAAGGUUGAGCAGUACGCUGUGGAUAGAGUUAAAGGGGAUGGACGAUGUCUGUUUCGAGCAUUGGUGAAAGGGAUGGCCUAUAACAAAGGUGUCACUCUCAACCCCCGACGAGAGAGAGAUGAUGCAGAUGAGUUACGAAUGGCUGUGAAAGAGGUUAUAUGCAAUGAUCCCAAGGAAAGGGAGAAGUACAAAGAAGCUUUAGUGGCUAUCACUGUUGAUGAGUCUCUGAAACACUAUUGCCAGCGGAUUGGAAGACAUGAUUUCUGGGGAGGGGAGUCUGAGCUACUAGUUCUUUCUAAGCUAUGUAAACAGCCAAUCAUUGUCUACAUACCCGAGCAUGAGCACGUUAGAGGAGGGUAUGCGUCGGGUUUUAUACCGAUCCAAGAGUAUGGAGCUGAGUUUCGAGGAGGCUGGGGAAAAGGGAAGACGAACAAGAAUGUUGUUAGGCUUCUUUACAGUGGUAGAAACCAUUAUGAUUUGCUUCGUUGAACCAAAUAUAUAUAUAUAUAUUUUUUUGGACUAAGAACCAAAUAUAUUUUUGCCUCAUUUCUUACUUGAGAAUUCCGUUGACUCUAUUGAUGUUGUUUCGAAUUUUGUACCUUUAAACGUAUGUGUAUCGUCAUCUCAUCUCAA